AUGCAUACGCUCUUCACCGAUCAGAAUUCCUUCUCGCGCCAUUACGCGCAAACCGCCGGCUAUCCCAGCGCGGCCACCGCCGGCGCCAUGACCACGGCCUCAGCUGCGGCCGCGGCACACUAUGCCUACGAUCAGUAUUCGCGUUACAGCUAUCCGGCGAGCGCAUACGGCUUGGGUGCGCCACACCAGAAUAAGGAGAUCGUGAAGCCGCCUUACUCCUACAUAGCGCUCAUUGCCAUGGCCAUACAGAACUCGGCGGACAAGAAGAUCACACUUAACGGCAUUUACCAGUAUAUCAUGGAGCGUUUUCCCUACUAUCGUGACAACAAGCAGGGUUGGCAGAACUCGAUACGUCACAAUCUCAGCUUGAAUGAGUGCUUCGUGAAAGUGGCGCGUGACGACAAGAAGCCCGGCAAAGGUUCAUACUGGACGCUCGAUCCCGAUUCGUAUAAUAUGUUUGAUAACGGUUCGUUUUUGCGACGGCGUCGUCGUUUCAAGAAGAAAGAUGUGCUGCGCGAAAAAGAGGAAGCCAUGAAGCGACAAGCGAUGAUGAAUGAAAAGUUGGCCGAAAUCAAGCCAUUGAAGCUGAUGACUAAUGGCAUUUUGGAUCACAAGCACAUGGCGGCGCAUGCACACUUCAAGAAGGAGCCCAUCAUGGAACUCGGUUGUCUGGCGGGCAAAGAUAUGCACACCGGACUGAGCACCGCCAUGUUGAACUCCUGCCAUGACAGCUUAGCGCAAAUGAAUCAUCUCACCGGCACUGUGGAGCAUGCCGGUUUCACCGUCGACUCACUCAUGAAUGUCUACAAUCCACGCAUACACCACAGCGCCUAUCCGUAUCACCUGAACGAGGAUAACUUAGCCGUCGCUUCGACGCAAAUGCAUGCACACCAUGCCGCCGCCGCACAUCACGCCCAGCUGCGUCACCAUCAUGCCGCCCACGUCUCGCAUACGCACCCGCUAACGCCUGGUGGCCAUGCCGGUGUGCAACUGGGCGGCACAACCGCCUUAACAUCUGGCGCCUCUCCCACAACGAUCUCAACGCCACAUGGACCGACACAUGGCGGCUGGUAUACACCUGAAACGCCACCAUCCGAGCCGAUUGGUAAUGGCGGCGCCGGUGGGGGCAGCGGUGGAGUCACAAAUGCUGGCGCACCAAGCAAUAAUAAUAACAACAACAACAACAGCAAUAACAGUCAUAAUCAUAAUGGUGCGGCAGGUGUGCAUAUCGGCAAUCAGAAUCACGCUUCUGUGCUAACCGCCACCAGCAGUCCGUCGGCUGUGAUAGGUGGCGUCGUCACGGGCCACACAUCACUGGGUUUCCGCGAUAUGCUCUUCGAGCAGAGUCAACCAUGUCAAAUGGACACGGGCAGCCCGAAUGGCAGCCUACAGUCAGCCAGUCCACCGGCGAGCGCCAGCGCUGCAGCGGCAUCGGCAGCUGCCGCGGCGUCAGUGAUCAGCAGUCAUCAUCAUCAUCACCACCACCACCUGAGCGGGAAUCUGGGAAAUUUGGGUAAUCUGAGCAACUUAAGUCAUUACCGUUCGCAUGUGAGCCACUAUCAGGACUAUGGCAUCAAAUAUGGCGUCUAAAUCAGCCAGCAAACUGAGUGGCGCUGAGGUGUGAAACGUGGCGCCGUGCUUGUGGCAGAUCCGGCCUAACGGUACUCCGCUGGUGCAGCACGUGAAGCACGCAUAGUCGGCUAUUACCGUUAUAAAGUAAUGCAUUUAAGUAACUGUCACACUAGUAGGACUUGAAUGGACCGACACGCUUUCGCGUUAGCAACUGUAAUGCAACGAAGUUUAAUUACUUUUAGUAGUCGUUCUCAAUACACAGUCUAAGGUAUACGAAUUUAUAUUCUAAGUGUUAAUAAUAUUAUGCUGUAGGCUUACAUAAAUCGAUAUUUAUUUUUCUUUUUUGCUUUUUGUUUGAAAACAAUAAACACUAGCUUCAAUAUAUUACACGUACAAUUUUAUAACUGUACAUAUGUAUGUGAUUAUACGAUGCUAUUG